CCUUGGGUGCAGACAGGCUGGGCUCCGAGCUAGCGGCCCGGGAGCAACUGAAAUCUUAACAUGACAAUGGCUCCAUUACCGGGGGCUGAAUUAGUCCAGAAGCCUUUGCAGUUAUACCGCUACCUGCUUCGAUGUUGUAAGCAGCUUCCUACAGAAAAUAUCCAACAGCAUUACAGACAUGCAAUCAGACAGAGUUUCCGAGUUCAUGCAGAUGAAGACAGUCCUGAGAGAAUCCAGCAGAUUAUUAAGAGAGCCAUUGAAGAUGCUGACUGGGUCAUGAAUAAAUAUACGAGACAGAAGUAGAAAGAAGGGGAUGAAGAGAAGAUGCUCAUCAGUACGGAUCCUCAGACAGAGUCCAGGCAAAUAAGCCCAGUUGUUUGUAACAGUGCCAUGCUGUAAACUGUGCCUGCAAGUUUCUCCUGGUGUAAAAUGGUUUGUCAUAAUACCUACCUCACUGGGGUGUCAUGAGGGUUAAUUCAUCUUUCUGAAGCUCUUUGGGAUAAUUAUAUAGUAAAAAAAACCUUGGCUAAAGAGCUAAAUUUCCCCACUAUUUUUUUGGCUGGAGGGAGCAGGGGAGGAGGGAGUGGAGGUGGGAAGCAGAGAGGGAUUUCAGAUCCCAUGUUUUGGGUUGGUUCAUCCUAUGAUGGAGACAGGAGCUGGCUGCUGAGGCCCCUAUCCUGCUAAUGGAUAUUAUUGCAACAUCAGAGCCUAAGAUUAGAUUAAGAUCUAAAAUGCAUCCAAGUUUUGUAGGGUUGGGGUUUUUACUCUGCUGUUUAUUAAUAAUAGCCGGACCCAAACAAUCUAACAUCUAUUUUUUUUAUUAUUAAUAAUGGCAAUCCUGCACUGCUGUUAUAAAUCAAUGGCCUACCAGAGGUGAAUAAAUUGGAUACCGGCAUUUGCUGCAGACUAAAGAAAUAGGGCAAUCUACCGACUACACCAAGGAAAUUCAAAGUCUAGCCCUUGACUAGUUCUAAUAUACUUACUUUUGGCAGCAUGUAUUGAGCUAUGUUCUGUGCCCUCAGUUACACCCAUAAAUGGAGGAGGAUUACAUGCAUGUAACUGAUGGCAAAAUAAUUGGCCCAGGGUAUCUAAGAUUCUCUUCACCCACCCACCUCAAUGAAAGGAGACAGAAGCUGCUUCUGCCAUGCAGACACAGCAAAACAAAGGAAGGAUGAAACUUCUCUGCCUUGUGGGUUUGUCAUGUGAAUCUCUGCUAGAUUAUGUGAAUGUCAUUUUUUGAUUGUUGCUUUUAGUUAUCCUCAAUGUUUCUACAAAUUCCCUUUAAGUUUGACAAUAAACAGGAACCUGACUUUGCAUGGUCAGAACGGUUACACUGACACGUCUCACCUAACUAGUACCUGGAAGUUGGGAGAGACAAUUAAGUUUUAUUUAAUACCUGGAGGGGAAAAAUAAAACACUGUAUGAACAA